GGGAGUAUUAACCGAGCAAUAAAAGGAUAGAAGUCCGCCGUCCUGGCAGACUUCCAUCAGCCUCACUCCUGUCCAACAGUAGCUUCAAAGUUCUGCCUGGUGAGCCACAAUCGGUUGGCCCGUCACAUCCUCGUUUUCUAAAAUAAUACGGAGAAAUUAUUGUAGAAUUAAAUAAAAAUAGAAUAUUACACAAGAGCUAUCAACGUGGGAUUGUUAUUGUAAAUUUCUCAUACAAAACCGGCGGAAAGUCAAAGUGAUUUUGCUACCUAAAAUUUGGAUAGAAUUUGAUAAAAAUAUUGGGAUGCGCCCACCACCCCUCAUACAGAGACAUAUUUAUGGUUUCUUCUGUAAUUGCUGGACAGAGCAAAGUCAUCAUACAAACGCUGACUCGGAGCAAACUCAUCCAUCCUUAUAAUCUUCAUCAGCAGCUCUACUUUAAGCUUUUGGGAAAUCUAAAGGUAGGUUGAUUUAAUCCCAAGAAUUGGAUCCCAAGUUAUGUAUGUAAAUCUGUGGACUUUUCCCAUUUCCGGUAUGUCCUAGGACGAGAAGCCAAACAUAUUGCUAUUAUGGAUGGUAACAAGUAAACGAUUGGGAGCUUGAGCACACUCUUCGAAUGGCACGGUCUGCUGUGGAUGAGACAUCAGCAUCUGGUGCUUUUGAGAGAACUCCGUCCAACUUCCGGUAUACGAUCUCACGCGACCCUAGUUCUACCUUCCCAGCAGAAGCUGGAAGGUAUCAUCUCUAUGUGUCAUAUGCGUGUCCUUGGGCAUCACGGUGUCUUGCCUACCUGAAGAUUAAAGGCCUUGACAAAGCUAUUAGUUUCACUUCUGUUAAACCCAUAUGGGGGAGAACGAAGGACACUGAUGAACACAUGGGUUGGAUUUUUCCUUCUUUGAGCACUGAAGAACCAGGAGCUGACCCUGAUCCUUUAAAUGAUGCCAAGAGUAUAAGAGAGCUCUACGAGCUUGCAAGUUCUAAUUAUGCAGGAAAAUACACGGUUCCUGUUCUUUGGGAUAAGAAACUGAAAACCAUUGUGAAUAAUGAGAGCUCGGAUAUAAUCCGCAUGUUUAAUACUGAAUUCAAUGGCAUAGCAGAAAAUUCAGCGCUGGAUCUUUACCCUCCUCAUCUACAGUCCCAAAUCAACAGCAUAAAUGAGUGGAUAUAUGACGGGAUAAACAAUGGAGUUUACAAAUGUGGGUUUGCUAGGAAGCAAGAGCCUUAUGACGAGGCAGUUCAAAAGCUGUAUGAAGCUCUAGAUAAAUGUGAGGAUAUUCUCAGCCAUCAGCGAUAUCUGUGCGGAAAUCAAGUGACAGAAGCUGAUAUCCGCUUGUUCGUCACCCUUAUUCGGUUUGACGAGGUAUAUGCAGUUCACUUCAAGUGUAACAAGAAGUUGCUACGUGAGUACCCGAAUCUCUUCAAUUACACUAAAGACAUCUUCCAAAUCCCGGGGAUGAGCAGUACAGUAAACAUGGAACACAUUAAGAAGCAUUACUAUGGAAGUCAUCCCUCUAUCAAUCCAUUUGGAAUCGUCCCGCAGGGUCCAAAUAUUGACUAUGCUACUCCCCAUGACAGGGAAAAGUUGGCUUAACAGCAUCACAGUAUCACACAUACAUCUUGCACUACAUACUCUUGUUCAUAUGUGAUUUCUCUUAUAUGUUUCCUGUAAAGCUUUCUAGCAUGCUCCCUUUAAGUACAGUUAUUUGGUGAUGCCUAUAAGGCUAUAAUGUUUCCGUGGUUCUCUCUUAUUCCUUGCAAUAAAAGAUUUCCCGCAUUUUUGCGGGGAUAUGUUUGUAUGAUCUCUUCUUCCUGUACCAAAACAAAACAACUUCCUGUACCAAAAGAAAACAAAGAUCCCACACUUUCAAUUUGUUUCAAGUUGAUUGAUCUUAUAUACUUAUUAGCAG